AUGUCACACACCGCACCUUCGUCUCGACCCAUCACUAAGCUCGGCUGGAUCAUGGUGUUGCACGUCUGCGAAGAAUGGCGUAGCGUUGCCCUGGCUGAUCCCAGACUUUGGACCGAAAUCUCGUUUGCUCUGGGACCGGUGUGGGCGACUUGGAUGUUUUCACUCGCAAAAUCGGCGCCUCUGUCCUUCGAUGCACGAACGAUUUCAGACAAAAGUAGGAUCAUCCUCCGCCAGCUUCUUCGCAGGUAUCUCUCCAAUAUCAGAGUCCUCACCAUCCACGACGAAGCGUAUCUUCUGCAACAAACCGCAGAAAUCGUUCCCGUGGCGCCAUUGCUACAGAUCCUCGAGUUAAGGCAUCAAAGCAGCGGAAUCUCAGUCUCUUCUAUGGAGACGCUGCUUUGCAAUGUUUUUGGCAACUCUCUUCCGGCUCUGCGUCGCCUUACAUUAAUCGGUUUCAGCCUCACUCCCGCCUGUUUUCCCAUUCUUUCGUCAUUGGCCGACCUCUCCAUUAGUUUUCCUCGGCUUCUAGAGACUAGCACAGCUCCUAUCCAAUCUUUUAAUGACUUCUUGAUGAUGCUUGCGAACUCGCCCUCUCUAGAACGCCUUUCUCUCGUGAACUGCUUACCUACUUACGAUGCCAAAAGCCCCUCGCCUUCCUCUACACUUCAUCUUUCUAUCCUACAGAGCAUCACUCUCGGCGGUCCUGUCACCGACUGUGGUCCCCUCCUGCAACACGUUCAAUUUCCCCCGACAGCAAAUCUUCUUCUCUCGUGUACACCGGACGACAAUGAUGUCGACCAACUCGCCAUCAAGGAUACUCUGUUCCCGGAGAUUACUGCUCGUCUCCACAGCGACCUUCGAGCUCCUAUACGCACACUCUCCUUCAUUCCUCAUGGAUGCACGGCUCAUAUUUUGAAGGUAACCGCGUGGGACAUACCCGGCAGCGAGCCCGAGACUAACAAGCGCACGGCCUUCCCUCCUGUGUCCAUAUUCAGCUACGGAACCGACGCUCCCGCCACCUUUUCCUUGACCUUGAUGUACUCCAAGGACAUUUCCUUUGCAUCUAUCAGCACCCUCCUCGAUCUCAGGGGCCUCCGUACUCUUCGUAUGGCGAAGCCGACAGAGUUCACGGACACAAAUAAAUGCAAGGAUACACUCGUUCAUCUCAAGCAACUAGAGCACAUCUCCGUCACAGGCCCUUUAGCCAUCGCCUUCUGCUGCACGUUGACUGCGUCAAAGAAAUCCAAGGACGACCGCAGGAACUCGUCCAAAACGUCUAAAAGUGCUCGUCUCAAGAACAAGAAAGAUUCGACACUCACCACGGAACCCAAUCACGCUCGUCGCGUCCUUCUCCCCAACCUCACCUUCCUCGAACUCAGAGAAGUCAGAUUCGCGGACGCCACCCCGGGCAGCAGGAAGCUUUUCCAUCAAGCAUUACCUGGUUUUCUCACCAAACGCCAGACGUUAGGGAAGCCCAUCAAACACCUGUCGAUCCGGGAAUGUAGGAUUGUAGGGGUCUGGGUGCACAGGUUAGAACGUGUCGUGAAGACGGUAGAUUGGGAUUAUCUCAAUGGUUGUGACUUAGAAUUGGAUAUGGACACGGAGAUGAUAAAGGGAAUCUAUGGGGACGAGAUGGUUGAGAUGAUUUCCGGUCUCCAGUGA